AGAAAACCACUCUUGCUUGUAAAUUUUACUUGUGUUAACUUGUUAGGAUAUUGCGAUGUUAUAAAUGCAGCACAUGCAUGUGACAAUGAUUACAGACACGUCAUUAUCAAAGGACAAACAUUGUUCAAAGAACAUUUUGUGACAGAUAUUAGAGUCUAGAUUUAAGUUUUUAAGUCUGAUAAUGAUAAAGAAACACAUUGUGACUGUCACUACGACUGACUACGUUCAGACUCGAGUCAAUGCCGAGAUGAAGAAACGUUCUGCCUACAAUGUUACUGGAGUGAUUAGCUACAAUGGAAAGGUAAUUGAAGGAGAGUGUCAGUGUGCAGGGGGUUGCAAGCCUGCCUGUUGUAAACAUUUUUUUGGUCUUCUGUCUGCUCUAGAAGACUAUAGCAGAAAAGAAAUGUAUGCAGCACCAACAGACAAAAUUCAGACAUGGCAUCAACCUGCACCUAAAGCAAUUUUGCCUCAGAAAACGAAGGAUAGUUUUAGCUGUGAUAAGACUGGUCUACAAAAUUUUGAUACCAGUGUUUCAAUGUCUGCUUUGGCUGCCUUACCUCAGAACACUCCUAUAUUUUCAGUUCUGCAAGCCGAUCCUAAAAGAUUAACCUCUGACAUUAUCUUCUAUGACAGAACUAUACCAUUACCAUCUAUAUUUUUUUAGCUUUGUGAUGUUUGCGAUUCAUUUUGUAGUUCAUUUAAAUAGAUACAAUACACUGUCAUGUCAAAAUAAAGUC